ACACCGUUGGUCAGCAUGUGGAGCUGGGCUCGUCUGACCGGCAGGCGGUGAUCUGCUCUUCACCAAAUACGGGCAGCGGCGCGCGCUGAGUGUGCGCGAGCCGCCGCCGCCGCCGCCUGGCGCGUGUCUGAUCCUCUCGGAAAGAUCGCUGUACUGCACAGCCAUGCCGUCAGAUCUUGCUAAGAAGAAGGCUGCGAAGAAGAAAGAGGCCGCCAAAGCUCGCCAGCGUGUGAAAAAGCAUGACGUCGCGAACGGAGAAGAAGAGCUUCAAGAUGGCGCAGCAACUAAUGGAGAAACAAAUGGGGAUGUUGCUGCUCUGUCUAAGGAGCUGGAUGAGUUCGAGAUGCGUAAGAUGGAGGCGCGGGCGGUGACGGGUGUCUUGGCCUCCCACCCCAACAGCACCGAUGUUCACAUCAGCAGUCUGUCACUCACCUUUCAUGGUCAGGAGUUACUGUGCGACACAAGCCUGGAGCUCAACUCCGGCCGGCGCUACGGUCUUAUUGGCCUCAAUGGCACAGGCAAGUCGAUGCUCCUGUCUGCCAUUGGGCAUCGAGAAGUUCCCAUCCCAGAGCACAUAGACAUCUACCACCUGACACGAGAGAUGGCCCCUAGUGAGAAGACCGCGCUGCAGUGUGUGAUGGAAGUUGAUGAAGAGAGGAUAAAACUAGAGAAGGAGGCUGAGCGAUUGGCUCAUGAGGACUCAGAGUGCGAGAAGCUGAUGGAGAUUUAUGAGCGUUUGGAAGAGUUGGAUGCAGACAAAGCUGAAGUUCGAGCCUCACGAAUCCUCUUUGGACUGGGUUUCACUCCUGAUAUGCAGCAAAAAAAACUGAAAGAUUUCAGUGGAGGCUGGAGGAUGCGUGUGUCCCUCGCCAGAGCUCUUUUCAUAAAGCCUUUCAUGCUGUUGUUAGAUGAACCUACUAACCACCUGGAUUUGGACGCCUGUGUGUGGCUGGAAGAAGAACUUAAGUCUUUUAAGCGAAUUCUUGUACUCAUCUCACAUUCUCAAGACUUUCUCAACGGUGUCUGCACAAACAUCAUUCAUCUCCACCAGAGGAAGCUCAAGUACUACACUGGUAACUACGAUCAGUAUGUGAAGACCAGGGAGGAGCUGGAGGAAAACCAGAUGAAGCGGUACAACUGGGAGCAGGACCAGAUAGCGCAUAUGAAAAACUAUAUUGCCCGUUUUGGACACGGCUCUGCAAAGCUAGCUCGCCAGGCUCAGAGUAAAGAAAAAACACUUCAAAAAAUGGUGGCUUCCGGCCUAACAGCUCGUGUGGUGAACGACAAGACUUUGUCGUUUUAUUUUCCUCCUUGUGGGAAGAUCCCUCCUCCUGUCAUCAUGGUGCAGAACGUCAGCUUCAGAUACUCCACUGACACACAUUUUAUUUAUAAGAAUUUAGAGUUUGGAAUUGACCUGGACACAAGAGUUGCACUCGUGGGUCCCAAUGGGGCAGGCAAGUCCACACUUCUCAAGCUACUGAUGGGAGAGCUUCUCCCCACAGACGGAAUGAUAAGAAAGCACUCGCAUGUCAAGAUUGGCAGAUAUCACCAGCAUCUGACUGAGCAGCUGGAGCUUGACCUGUCUCCUCUGGAGUACAUGAUGAAAUGCUUCCCAGAGAUCAAAGAGAAAGAGGAGAUGAGGAAGAUCAUUGGACGAUACGGCCUGACAGGGAAGCAGCAGGUCAGUCCCAUCAGGAACUUGUCAGAUGGCCAGAAGUGCCGGGUGUGUUUCGCCUGGCUUGCAUGGCAGAACCCGCACAUGCUGUUUCUGGAUGAGCCAACUAAUCACUUAGACAUUGAGACAAUUGAUGCUCUGGCUGAAGCCAUCAAUGAGUUUGAGGGAGGAAUGAUGCUGGUCAGCCACGACUUCAGACUUAUUCAGCAGGUGGCUCAGGAAAUUUGGGUGUGUGAGAAGCAGACCAUCACCAAAUGGAAAGGGGACAUUUUGGCUUACAAGGAGCAUUUGAAAUCCAAAAUUGACAAACAGACUCAUGAUAUAUAAAAACCCAUGAGCAAAACAGACAAACUUUUCCACCAUGGAUUGAUUACUCUCCUCUGUUUCCCCGAAGUGCAUGACUGAAGGAAUUUUAAAUUGGACAAUGGACCCCAGUUCUUCAGCUGUUGAUGUGAAUUGCAUUCCAUUGUACCGUCAUCUAGGAGUGUUGACAAUGUUCUCAAAAGCAAUCGUUUAAGUGUUCCCUGGUCUUACAUCUCGUAAUGUACCUCUCAGAUUUCCCAGCAUCAGCAAAUCUGUAAAGGCAAUAAUGAUUUAUUGGAAUAAAUAGAUUCAAUUACGUUGGUGUAGAACAGUAGAGAAGAUCAGAGAAGUAUGCAGAAAACUGUUUUCAGAAUUCAAUCCCACGCCAAAUCGCGACAUGCAGUAUUCAUACCAAAAUAAUGAAUGUAGACACAUAAAAAACAUUUUAAACUAAACAGUGUGAUCUGUCAAUAAUGCAUCCAUGUGAAUACACAUCCAUUUGGAACAACAAAGGGUGCUGCUGGAAGACACCACAAAAAUGAUAGCGCAAGAUGAGCUCGCAUUAGGGCAUGUUAAAAUAGUUUCUCACACGCAGCCUACGUGCAAAAACACGAGCAUGUUCAUGUUUCACAAUGAGUUUUUUUUUCUCAUUUAACAGUUCUAGUGAACAGUAAAAUCAAGCCGUGCGCUUUGAGUGGUUGAGAAAUGUUCCGGCUCACAUUUUGUGUAUUUCUAGCACAGCUACACUUCAGGGACGCAUUUUGAAGAUUCUCCGAUUUUUCUUUAUUUUGUCCUUGUUACACAUUGCAUGUACUUACUUUAGUAAUAAAGUGCAUAAUUACAUGCAAUAAUCCUAAACAAAACAUGGUAACACUUUAUUUUAUGGUGUCAUAAUACAGAGUAAUUGCCUAAUUAAGUAGUUGCCUUUGUGCUUGACAUGUACAUGAAACAAAAUGUACUUACCGUGUAACUAAGUUAUGGAACAGCCUGUACUUACAGUUUACCCAAAACGCUAACCUCGUAAUAAGUGCAUGUCAUUAAUUAAUAAUACUCAGUGCAAUUACAGUGUAACAAGGACACUGUGAAAUAAAGUGCAACCAUUUAGUUUUUUGGGUUUUUUUUGCUAAAUCUGAUAAGACCCCCUGUUCAGGCAGGUAAAAAUGCAGAUGUACAACUGUCUCCAGUCUUGUGGUUGCACAUCUGCAUCUCUUCUCUGUCUUUCUAUAGCAUCCAGUCUGUUUCCCUUACAGUUCAUUUCUUAGCUUAUACUGUGUAAAAGAAGUGCGGGGUGUUUGACUGAGGGGGUGAUUUGCAUUAUCAUCCAUGUACAACCUUACAUACAAACACACUGCAAUGUCUACGCUGGCUUUGCCAAAGCUUGUAGACUAUAUGUGUGGGACUCAGUGAGAUGAAAACUGUACGAGCCCCAAGGUGAUAUACAGCUGAGAGCACUUUGACAAUACUUUAAAAUCUGCAGAUAAAAAUAAUGUCUUAUAAAACCAAAACAUUCAA